AUGGCGUCCAAACAAGUUGACGAAUCGGCUCAGUUCCAAGAGCCUAUAUCUCCAACGGCUUCGAAUGAUGCAACGUCUCCUGCUCCAGCAUCGGGCUCUGCCGAUUCGGCCAAGCCCUCGAUCACGGGCAUAUUGAAAAACGCAGUGAAAGCUCCUUCGCACGAGAAAUUAGUCAACGACGAGCCGGAUAUGAAAGAUGCUAUUGAGUCCGUCGGACAGGAUGGUGGCGAAAGGGGUGUUUGA